UCUGCCUGAGCCGCAGGGCUAUUGCAUAUCGGGGGCCUCCGACCCUUAUUAAAACAAGAAACAUCCAGAAUCAUUAGCCACCGCUCCUCAACCAGACCACCUACCUAGCGCAAUCUCUGCCCACAAUUGCGCUAAAACGACCGAGUGUUCUCUAGUUGCGCUCGAGUUGACGCCUCUUUUCUCUCCUGUUACUCAUCAACGUUGUCUCCAUGCAGCCAGACGAGGGCAGCUUGCGGCGGCCAUUCAAAAUUGACGACAGCGACAGCGACGAAGAUGAGAAACACGCUCGCAAACGACCCGUGCGUACGCGCAAGGGCCCCAAGCUUGCCCCUCCGCUCUACAAGGCGUCUGUGACAGCGCUGGCCGACACAGCCAGCACCCGCCCGGCGUCCUCGGCCACGGCGGACAUUGACGACGCCAUCAUCCUCCGCAUCAGAAAGUGCCUCGACCGGGCGAAGCACCCAAACACGCCCGAGGCCGAGGCUAAGGCGGCCCUGCACGUCGCGUCGCGGCUGAUGGGCCAGUACAAUGUGUCGCAGGCAGAGGUCCUCGCCCACGUGCCGCCCGAUGCGCAGAAGCAGUAUGCCGGGCAGACCGUCGUCUCCAUCACUCGCACCGACGGCGACACGGACAAGCCCGUCCGGCAGCAGACCUACGUCAACAACCUGUGCUGGGCGAUGCAGGAGUUCUUCAGCUGCAAGUACUACAGCACGGCGCGGCGCUCGUCCGUGGAGUUGACCUUUUAUGGCAUCGCAGAGAACUCGGUCGCGGCAGCCAUGGCCUUUGAGAUGGCGUACAACCUCAUUGCCGAGUGGGCCAGGGCGUAUAAGGGCGUCGGCAGCAAGAACAGCUACUGCCAUGGUGUUUGCGACCAGCUCGUCAGGGACGCGCGGCGCGCAAAGGCCCAGGAAGAGGCACAGGCCAAGAGAGCAGAACUUGAAGCUAUUGCGGACACGGCGAAGCAAGAAGAAGCCGAUACCGCGGCGCGGUUAGCCCGGCUGGAGCAGCCGCCAGCUGAGGAUGACGUGAGUAUCAAGUCUUCAUCGCCUGAGCCGCAAGUCAAGGCCGAGGACGACGACAGCACUACCGAGAUGGUUGAUGGUGAUUCUGAGGAUGAAGAUUUGGGGCAAGAAGAUCCUGAUUCGGAGCUGGAAGAUUUCUGGCAGCCCAACUUUGAGAUCAAGGAGGAAGGCCCUCUCGAUCUCUCAGGCGAUCUCGACUUGGAGAUCGAAAAUCUUGUCAAGGAGGAGCGCCAGUCAUCCGAGGUGCCGUUUGAUGAAGUGCCACCCUUGGCGGGCCCUCCUGACUCCACCGAGAAGGACACUCACGACCCCGAGGACAAGGAAGACCUUAAGGCUUCUGUUGGGAGUGCAGGCGAGUUUCAGUUGCUGGAGACGAACUGGCAGUCGCACGGCCAGCUUGUCCUCUUCCGAGACACAUCAGCCAGAAUCGCCGAAAAUUAUCUCAAGGAACAGGGCGUCAAACUUCACAAAGGGAGAAAGCGUACGACUACUAUACAUGACUCCAGUGCUUAUCAGCAAGGGAAGCGGGAUAGCAGCAAGAUCGACGUGCACAGAAAGAGGCUGACCUCGGAGUAGUUCAUCACUAGUCUGGGAGCCACGCUUGCAUUGGUCACACUUCUAGAUAGCACACCAAACAAUGAUAUGGUGUUCGUACUUAGAAUACAGCGAGCGAUGAGACCUAGGGCCGGAGUCGUGCAAGGGAUCAAGUUGAG